GACGAAAUCUAAAAAAUGCUCACGAAGUUCCGAAUUAGUAAGCUUGGUUCGUAUACUUUGCGUCGGAGAAUCUACGAACGGCGAUUUCUGGUGACGAACAAUGCUUUCUCUGACGCUGAAGAGUCGCCGGUUGUUGCCGCUGAGUCGCCGGAGCUUCCGUCUUGGAUCAAAGACUUUCUAUCAAACAAGCCUUCUUCUGCAAAUUCGUCCCUUGACGAUGAAGAUUUCGUUAUCCCUUCUUUGGCGGGUUGGGUCGAGAGCCAGAAGUUUAGCCGUGAAGGAGUCUCAACGGGAAAUGUCGCGAAGAAACCAGUGGAAGAUAUCGAUAAAGUCUGCGAAUUUCUGAAUAAGAAGGACGCGUCUCACGGAGAUAUCGUCAACGAGUUGAUUGGCUGCGAUGUGGUGGUAUCAGAGAGUCUGGUUCUACAAGUUCUGAGAAGGUUUAGCAAUGGAUGGAAUCAAGCUUACGGGUUUUUCGUUUGGGCAAAAUCACAAACAGGUUAUAGGCAUUCAUCUCAGGCUUACAACGCAAUGGUUGAUGUGUUGGGGAAAAGCAGGAACUUCGAAUUGAUGUGGAGAUUAGUCGAUGAGAUGAAGUGUGAAUCACCCGAGCUUGUCACGCUCGAUACAAUGAGCAAGGUCAUGAGGAGAUUGGCGAAAUCAGGAAAAUACAGCGAAGCUGUUGAUGCUUUCUUAGAAAUGGAGAAGAGUUAUGGUGUGAGAACAGAUACUAAUGCUAUGAACAGUUUGAUGGAUGCACUUGUGAAGGAGAACAGUAUAGAGCAUGCUCAUGAAGUUUUCCUGAAGCUUUUCGAUUCGAUCAAGCCGGAUGCUAGGACAUUCAACAUUUUGAUUCAUGGGUUUUGUAAAGCUCGAAGAUUUGAUGAUGCCAGGACGAUGAUGGAUUUGAUGAAGGUUGCUGAGUUUGCUCCUGAUGUUGUGACUUACACAAGCUUUGUGGAGGCUUAUUGUAGAGAAGGAGAUUUCAGGAGAGUUGAUGAGAUCUUGAAAGAAAUGAGAGAGAAUGGGAGGAAACCUAAUGUGGUGACUUACACGAUUGUGAUGCAUUCUUUGGGGAAAUCUAGACAAGUAGCUGAAGCUUUAGGAGUAUAUGAGAAGAUGAAAGAAGACGGGUGUGUUCCUGAUGCUAAGUUUUAUAGCUCGUUGAUACAUAUUCUGUCUAAGACGGGUAGGUUUAAGGACGCAGCUGAGAUAUUUGAGGACAUGACGAAUCAAGGAGUGGCUCGCGAUGUUUUGGUCUACAAUACAAUGAUUUCCGCUGCGGUUCAUCACUCGCGAGAUGAGAUGGCUCUGCGUUUGCUUAAACGGAUGGAAGAGGAAUCGUGCAGUCCAAACGUUGAGACUUAUGCUCCGUUGCUGAAGAUGUGUUGCCAGAAGAAGAAGAUGAAGCUGCUUGGGGUUCUGUUGCAUCACAUGGUGAAAAACGAUGUUAGUAUCGAUGUGGCGACUUACAUUCUUCUCAUUAGAGGGUUGUGUAUGAGCGGGAAGGUUGAAGAAGCUUGCUUGUUCUUUGAGGAGGCGGUGCAUAAAGGAAUGGUUCCUAGAGAUAGCACUUGCAAAUUGUUGGUGGAGGAGCUUGAGAAGAAAGGUAUGGCAGAGGCAAAACUCAAGAUUCAGAGUUUGGUUCAAUUCAAAGCGAUGCCCAAGUCACAAAGUCAGUUACGUGUUUCGUAGAGUUUGGAGUCCUCAUGGCUCUCAAAGUUUUGUAUCUGUGGAACGAUAAUCACUAUACUAGUAUACUCUGUUCGAUCUCAAAGCAGGUUCUAACCUUUUUACUAUAAUGAAAAUGAAAUCACAUGGUUUUGUAGUGCUUGAUGAAUCAAACAAAUGUAU